GCUCAGAGUGCUCUGUUGCUGUGCUGGCGGAAUCAAAAGGCUUCACGUUAUUUGUUGUGAAAAGCCUCCAUCCUGUAUAUAUGUUGUGGCCACGAUGUUCUCCACCAGUUUACAUCUUCUGGUCCUUUGCUUUGGGUCUUUCGCAUUCCAGAAUCUUAUGCGCAUUACGGGCCGGUACAGUACUUCCCGCCUUACUCAGCCUGCAGCCGCUCUGCGAAGCUCCAUCAUAGAUCAACCACGGCAGAGCGGACUUGUGGCGGUCUAUCCUCCACUAUCUGGUCCAAGUUUGUUUGGUGAUUCAUCAUGACUUUGCCAUCACGAAAAAAUCCUCGCCAGGUAUCCUCUGACGCCGUGCAAACGCGAUGAGAGGCACUUUGCACAGUGCCCUGGCCUUACCCUACAAGGGUAGGUAGGGUAGCUUUUCCUCCGUCAAUAUUGGUACCCACCAAGCACGGCGAAGAUAAUUGUGGGUCGUAAAGCCACAAGCAUUUGAACGGAUUUAAUCGGUAAUAGACUCGGACUGGGCUUACGGUGGCUGUCGACUACACAGUACGUGAAGCUGUCGCUCGCAAUUUGCGCUAUGUUCUACCAGCAGCAACGGCUUCGUUUUUCUUGCUGCUAAUAACCCACAGGAGUGGUUUGAUGCGAUGAGUUACUUCGUAGCAGCUGAAAGCCCAUUGCGGUGUUUUUCGACGGGUCUACGUUGUGGUACCUCGCUCCAAGCUGUUCAAGAGUUGCAUACUAACUUCACCAGUCAAGUUGUAACUACACCGUGACAUUUCAUCGAGUUUCUCAGAAACACAGGCACGCGCAGAGUUCGGACAACUUCUUCCAUCGACAGCGGGUUCCUCUUUCAAAUUUGGGUUCAAAACACCAAAAACACCGUUAGCAAGCAAAGCGAUGACUAACACAUGUUGAAGGAAGAUCUUCAUGAGACCGCUCUGACAGCAGCCAAGCGUUGGAUUAGCAGAGCGCGCCAUAGUAGCUCUUUUUCACGCACAAAGACCUGCUAGUAACCAAGCAAUUCACUCCUAGUAUUCCCUAAGGAAUCAUACCGUGCGCCAUAACUCCGACAGCAAGUGAUAUAAAUCAACACACCAAUUUCUUUGACGUUCGAGAUGGGCUGAUAACUCAGCACGUGCGGGACAUUGACAGAAUCCCCUAGCCUUCAUUUGACACUACUUCCCGCGCACAGAAGGUCUUGAGCUUCUUGAUUGGAAAUAAAAGUGGAGGAUGUCAAAGACCGACGGGAACAUGAUCGACUAGGCCUGGUGUGGUGUGAGCCUCAGAUUGGCUGGGCGGUGACUCGGGGAUGUAUAUCAGGUGCAAAUCACAUGCUGCGUCUAAAGCUUUCAUGAGCACAAUACCUAGGUACUUAAACGAGCCGCUCACCACUCGAGUGGUUUCCUACACCUCUUACCACGACACCCAAUUCAAAAUAGAAUCUACACGAUCUCGAGAUCUUCAAUCUCAUACACCAUUUUCAAAGAUGGGUUUCCAAUCUCCAUCCAACAUACUACAUUUGCCCUCUGAUCAGCGCCUCUCCGAGCUGGUCAAAUUCAUUCGUGGUGACACAAACCUCAACGAAGAACAGCUUCCGGGCCUCGCUGAUUUGCUAGAUGAUGGCGAGGAACAGCGACUCCUCAACAGGUUCGUUAUUGACGCAGAGCCAGCUUCCAGUGUUGGUCAAGACUUUCACAUCGGACUCUCAUCCGGUGCAAUCGAAAUGGUUGAUGGACUUGACUCGCAGCUAGAUAACUUCAUUCAUUCGGAGCAGCCGACUGCGAGAGGUCACUCACCUGCAGGUGGACAUUGCGAUCAACUUGCCAAUGAAGCCAAGUCCCCAGCGGAUGAAGUCCAGAAUUGGAUCAGUUCUCAACCAGACUUCGCUAUAUAUGACGAUUCAGAUCACAAGCAGAAGGUUCCUGUGUUCUUCAACAAGGAAUUCGAAGGCGGGCGUCACUCUGCCGAGAACGUUCCCCAGAUCACCUGCUUCCCGACGACGUCUUACGGAGUCCAGGAGAUUGUAAAGCAUGCGAAGGCGUUUGACUUAAAUGUUCGCGCGGCGGGUUAUGGACACUCCUGGUCACCAAUGCUUGGGAGACAGGCACAAAUUAUGAUCUCCAUCUCGGAUGAUCACAAGGCUCCUGUGCCCCCGAACACUUCAUGUCUUUCUGUCUCGGAACAAGGCGAAUCUCCAACUGAACUCAACACGAUCACCUUCCAGGGACCACCUAGGGCUGGGUGGAGCCGUCUAGUCCGUGUGGGCGCAGCGGUCACGAAUGAACAGUUGAGACGCUGGUGUAAUGCUCAGAAAGGGAAACUUGCAUCUACGAUGCCCAUGAACGUCAGCAUGGGAGAUAUUACGCUUGGCGGAUCCAACGCUACGAUAAGUCAUGGAGCAGGCCGAAUCCAUCCAACCCUCAGUGAUCUUGUGCACACAAUCGAAUACAUCGAUGUAAAUGGAUCCAUCCAGAAGCUCAGCAAGGACACAGACCCUGAGGGUAUGAAGGCUGCAAGCGGCUGCUUUGGACUGCUUGGAAUCGUCACUCACAUCACCUUCGAGCUGAACCCAAUGGCCUACGCAGUCAUGAGGCCGCAGAAGCUACACAUAACCGAAGCAAUCCCGCCCCCACCAGAAAUCAGGAUCGACCAAUUGCCGCCCGGUCUUCGACCAGAAACACAUAUGACGGAGGAGCAGCGCGCCAAGGCACAAGCCGCUUUUGAAGACAAGGCCCGAAACAAAUUCCACGCGGAAUGGUUCUGGUUUCCUUACACUUCCAAGGUAUGGGUCAAUUGCUGGUCGAUAACAGAUGAUCCAGAGGGCGAGGUUGAGUAUCCAAGGGACGCCCAAGUUAUCUUGCAAUGGUUCCAGACCGUGUUGGCCCGGAUUUUGCAAGUAUCUCAAGCCGUUCAGUAUUUACAACACAGACUUCCUUGGGCACAGGUCACCUUGAUGUCCACUUUCUCAUUCUACGGCAUGCCUGACAUUACAGAUCAACAGCCAGCCGUCAAGACUAAGCUACCCAACGCAUUGCACUUCAGUCGCGCAUCCCCAAGCAUCGGGGGCCUGGACACGGAGAUGGAAAUCCCGCUACUUCCGAUGUCUGGAAUACCUCUCUCUGAAACUAGGUUCAGAAACGAGAUUGACUUCAGCAAUGUGCAGCGCGCGUGGUGGGCUGCCAUUCUCACUGCCUACAAGUACCAAGACACAUGCCCCCAACGCCUGCCACUCUCGAUGCGCAUCACAGGUCCAUCACAGGUGAUCAUGGCACCAUACCGUGGCCACACACUCGGGAGUGCAUGUAUCGGGAUCCAGACGCUGGAGAAUAUGCGAGGGAGGCUGUGGCAGGAUUACGCCCAGGAAGUCCUCGACCACUGGAUGAACUUGAAAGACUCGCGAGGGGAGUAUCUCACAACGCGGCCCCACUGGGCCAAGGACUGGUACAGUUUCAAGGUUCGGGGCCAGCCAAUGAUAGACUAUGUGCGGCAGUCCUAUGCGCGUGAGAUAAAGGAGUUUGUCUUCCGCCUAGGUCAGAUCGCCAAGAAGCAGGGCUGGAGUAUGGACGAGGCGAGGAGGAGGUUCGGGAACGACGCACUUGAUGUGUUGUUUUCUACGAGACAUCUCACACCCCUGGGCACCGGGGUGAGAUCGCAGGCGCACAAACAAGAACGCUCAUUCAUCACUACAAUACCGGUCAUUAUUAUCAACUGA